GAUGCUUGCCUCCUCGGAGGGACGUGGGCGCGCUCCACAUGGCUCCAGCGUGCAGCCUCCAGCAUUGGGGAGAAAAAUCCACCCAGGACAUGCUGUUCCAAACCUGCUAGACACGCCGAGGUGAUGCGUAAAGCAAGCGAAUGUUACCCGUGAAAUCUCUGCAGGUGUUGCGAUGAAGCAUGGUGGAUCUAGUGGUGGGUGGGUACUUGCAAACCCGUCUGAACGUGCGAAUUGGAGAGAGUGGGAGAGAGAGAGAGGGCGACUGAGAGACCGGAGCAACUUCGCACUGCAAUUAAGAUACUGCAAGGAGCUCUGUGUGUGUGGGGGGGGGGCUUCAUUCAAAGACCAGCUGCUCUUCUCAUUUUAUUACCGGUCACCUCCUGUGGUCAUCUUGUCGGAAAAAGCUGAACAUCACCUGGAAAGGAAGAAGGAGCAGGCAGUCCGCCACCCUGGACAAUGCGGUUGACGUCAUGGGAGGAAUAGGUCGUUCAUGAAACGUUGGGAGAUCUCACGGUGCUGAUGGAGACGCAACACAUGCUGUGAAGGUGGAUGUCUCCAUAACUGCUGCCAUAACACGUCACGGUGGAUUAUGGGACUAAGAUGUCUCGGGAAAGUAAAGCAAAGCAAGCCGCACACAGAGGGGAGAGUGAUACCAACCAGAAAGAGAAGUGUACCAUGGAGACAACCCCUCAGCCAAAAGUGGGCCGGGGACAGGGUUGGAGUUCAUCUGGCACCAAGGCCGAGCUAGUCGGGCCUCACCUGCGGAAGACGCGGGACCUGUAACCAGCAGCCAUGUCCAGCCCUAACCUUCCUCGAUGGGGGGUGUGCUCGGCGCUCUGUGCCUUCACGGUGCUCCUUUCGGGAGCUACGGGGGACCGGGUCAAUGCCACCACGCCGCGCAAUGGCGGGGGCACCCAGUGUGGGGAGUACACCAACCAGGUGAUGGAGGACGGCAUGUGCCGACUGGUUGCCACGCUACCCCAACUGGACGAGCAGAGGUGCCCUGACAUGUUCCGCUGCACGGAUGAGGUGUCCUACUGGCUGCACGAGAACGAGGAGAGGAAGCAGCAGAUCGUGGCUUUGAAGGAGACCAUCUCGGAGCUACAGGAGGAGCUGAGGAACCACCGGCAUCGCCUCAAGGUCUUCGAGCUGCAGCAUGAAGACAAGAGCCAUUUUAACGCCACCUUGGAGCGACGUUUUCACGACCUGGAGGUGCACUACGCCGAGGCCAGCACCUUGCUGCAUCUGCAGGGCACCCUCAUCCUAAACUUGCAGAACGAAGUUCACAAUCUCACCCUGCUGGUGGAGAGAGUUAAGAGGAGUCCUGGCUGUUUGAUCAACAUCGUCCGUCCCAACCCUCUCAUGAGCUCCCACGAGGCCUUGCAUCCAGAAAUCCAGCACAUGAGGAACUGCCCUAUAGACUGUGCAUCCAUCUACUACAAUGGAGUCAGGAGGUCAGGCUUAUACACUGUGGUGCCAUCGCUAGCGGCCAUGCCUGUGGAGGUCUACUGUGAUAUGGACACAGAUGGUGGCGGUUGGACGGUGAUCCAGCGACGGUUAGAUGGCUCGGUGAGCUUCGACCGCAGCUGGAGGGAGUACAGGCACGGCUUCGGCGACCUGCACUCCGAGUUCUGGCUGGGUAACGACCACAUCCACGACCUGAGCACGCAGGGCGACUACAGCCUCCGCGUAGACCUGGAAGACUGGAGCAACAAGCACAAGCAUGCGGUGUAUCAGAGCUUCAGUAUAGAAGAUGAGGAGCAUCGGUACCGUCUCCACGUGUCGGGCUUCAGCGGCACCGUGCAGGACUCGUUCGGGUGGUACCACGACAAGCAGAGCUUCAGCACACCCGACAGCGGUGACAUCUGUGCUGAGAUUUCGCAUGGCGGAUGGUGGUACAGUCAGUGCUUCUAUGCUCAUCUUAAUGGCGUCUACUACAGGGGAGGCCAUUACACACCUAAAGGUCGAGGUCACCUGGGUCCUGAUGGGAUAGUCUGGCACUCAUGGAGAGACUCGGACUAUUAUUCCCUUCGCAAAGUCAGCAUGAUGAUCCGACCCCGCACCUUCCGGAAGCGUUUGUCUCCGUAAAGCGUCGUCAACCGUGACACCAUUGAUUGUACGGUAAUGCAGAUCUCAAUAGACCGACUGUGGACUAUUUUUAUACUGCAUCUUUUUGGACAUACUUUUGCGUUAUUUCUGGGUAAUUGUCUAUGGCGGCAGCAUGGAAAGUGAAUGUAUUUUGUACUUUUAUUUUCUACCUCUAGAUAGUUGUGCUUUUUAAGAAAUAUUUUUAUUAGCAAAUAGAAAAAAAAAAACACAGAUCCAAAGAAAUGAUUUUAAAUUAAAAUUGAACACAACUACUAAUAAAGGAGUGCGACUGAAAUAAUUAUAAUGCGAUUAUUAUUGUAGGAAACUGGUUUAGGUCGCCAUCUGCAGAGGCAUGGCCAUUGGUGGCCGAGGCAUAUAUUUCAUUCAUUCAUCAUGAAUGAAUGAAAUGUAUUUUAGGACUACCCAAAAUGGCACUCCGACCCCGAGGGGUGCAUGACAGAAGAUCACUGAGGACCAAAGUUACUUGCAUACCCCCCUAAAAAUGGAGGUGGUCCAUGUAACACUUUGACCCUCAAGGGAUGCUGUGUCCUGCUUUGAACCUGAAGAGACAUAAAUGCACUCUCGGACUUGUAGUAUCCUUACAUGGCUAUUGCAUAAUACCCAUCUGCAAUACAUGCGAUAUUCCAGUAAUGGUUCCUUAUUACAGUAUCACUUCUUUAAAGCAUUUCACACCACUUCAAUUGCUGUGGACUUUACUAUCCAGCUGCACCUGAAGCUAAAUCCUCGUGCAGGCUUAAAAGGACCCCUUUCACUACCCCCCCCCCCCCCCCCACCUCAC